ACUUACCUGUUCCAUCUUGGUGUGCUCUAGCUUCAUUUCGGUGGAAAGACAUGAAGGCGCUGCACAUUAACUAUGUGCAGUCCAAGCAUCUGAGCUUAGAACCCACUGCCGACCAGUUCAUGGUGUACGUCACAGAUGGGAAGCAACGCUCCUUGGAGAAACCAUUUUACAUUAUAAUCAACCCCACAAAUGACGAAGCUCCUGGCUUUGUAGUACAGAAUAUUACUGUGUUUGAGGGCCAGAUGAAGGAGCUGGACUCUUCUGUCAUCGAUGCUGCUGACCUGGAUGUCCCCCAGGACCCGCUGGUGUUCACUAUCACCCGAAAUCCACAACACGGCCUCCUCCUCAAUGGGGAGCUUAGCAAAGACCUUCCUUGGUAUGAACAGCCAGGCAACACUGACCAGAAACACGAACCCAUUUACAGCUUUUCCAUGGAACGUCUCAAGACUGGACUGAGGUUGAUAUAUGUGCAUGAUGACUCUGAGAGCCUUGCUGAUGACUUUACAAUCCAAUUGUCAGAUGGGAAACAUAAGAUACUUAAAACCAUUUCAGUAGAGGUCACCCCAGUUAAUGAUGAAAAACCAAUGCUGAGCAAGAAGGCUGAAAUUGUAAUGAAUAUGGGUGAAACUUGUAUUAUUUCUAGUGCUGUUCUUUCAGCCUCAGAUAAAGACUCACCCAGGGAAAAGAUUCACUAUUUAUUUGAAAGGCUUCCCCAAAAUGGGCAACUUCAGCUUAAGGGAGGGACUGGGUCUCUCUCCACCCUGGCAUGAAGUGCACUCAGGAGGAAGUGGAUCUGAACUUGCUGAGAUACACACACACUGGGGCAAUGGAUUCACAGAACCAAGACAGCUUCACCUUCUACCUCUGGGAUGGAGACAACAGGUCACCG